UUCCAUGUUCAAAUGUUUAAAAUUUCUUGUCUUAAACCCUGUCCCAGUAUUGAUAUUUAUAGAAAAAAAAAUGUUAUUUGGUUUUCCACCCCGUUGCAUACGAUCUCCGCCAGGAACUGUGUUUUAUCAAGUUUUAACAUGUGUAUUUGGAUAAUUGCAUGAUAUACUUUAAAAUAAAUUGUCUUGGUCGUGUUAACAACUGUUUGCAAAAUGGUGGACAUCAAUGCACUGUCGCAAAUUAAGGAAAGAAUACGAAUUCAUAGAAAUUUAGGGAAUUCUAUAGAUGAAACCACGGAUUUUCUGACUCUCAACAAAGAAUUUAGCGACGUAACAAGAACCUCGAUCAAAUGCAUCAAGGAUGUUGCAGGAUAUGCCAGGAAGAUAAAUGAAGAUCUUGUAAAAUUUCGAGAGUUAACUAAAGAAUUCACCAUUCAAAUUGGGGAGAAGAUGAAAAGGCUCGGAGAGUCCGGGAUUAUCAUAGACGCCACGUAUUUAACAGGAGUUCCAUUGCAUAGGGACAGAUUUGAUAUGCAAAAAGCAAAAAAUCUUGCAAUGCUACAAAAAAUUGCAGACCAGCAAUUAGAACUUCAAAAGGUGCUCAGUGAAACCGAGGAUCUUAUCCUGAAGGUUGAAGAAGAAGGAACCUUUACUAUUGACGAGAUUGAUAACGUCAACGCCCAUCUAAAUAAAUGGAUCAAAAGUCUCGAAACCGAAGAGGAAAGACAAGACCGAAUAAGAAAGGAGGAGGAAAGAAAAAGAAAAGAGGAAGAAGAAAAGAAGAGAAAGGAAAAAGAGGAAGCUGAACGCAAAGCGAAGGAGCAGAGGCAGAAAGAAGAGGAAGAGAAGCGAAGGAAGGAGGAGGAGAGACGACGCAAGGAAAGACAGAAGAAGGAGGAGGAGGAAGAAAGAAACAGAAGGAAUCCAAAAAAUUGGCCAACUCAUAUAUAUGAAAGAGAGAAGGACAAUAACUCUUUCCAUUAUGGAAUCUGCUGUGUUGUGUCUGCCAUAACCGGAAGUAGGGGUUUGGAGAAGUAUGACAUAGAAUGCAUAAGUUCCGAUAGUCACACUGACCUUGAUCAUUAUCCACAGAACAGAGAAGAAGUGCUUUUAUCAUCUCUCAUCAAAAUAAAAUCCAAAACAGGGAAAGAAAUAUCACUAGAGUUGCCGAUGAAGGUGUAUAUUCCAAGGGCUAAUGCCGAUGGGAUGAGGGAAAUCCAAAUGAAGGUCUCCAAAAAUGGAGGGAAGUGGAAGGCGGUAGAAACAACAGAUGACAAACCGAUGAUUAACUUAUCCAACACCAAAUUUGCUGUGACCAACAUAAACGACUUUCAAACACUAGAAAUCGUCGUAGUGUCCCGCCCUAAACGAGAGAAUAUGAUUGUGAAAGCAGCUGGGGGAAUGUUUGAACCAACAGACGACAAAAACGUUCGGAUUGUCGUUCCAUCUGGCAGUUUCAUGAAAGAUACUGGAGUCCAUUUCAAGGUAGAUAAAGAAUUGACAAAUCGUGCAAAAGCUGACAAACAAUUCAACGGCAUUAAAAUAGCCACCUCCUUACAUGGGGUAGAAUUUGAUGAGGAAAUUCUUCAAAAUGUGCAGAUGGAAAUCUAUCCGGAUUUACAAAAAAUAAAGAGUGGCUCCCUUCACAAUAAAACUAUAGAAAAAUGCAAGAACAAGCUCGUAACAGAUAUUUCAGUGCUCAGCAUCGCAGCAUAUCUACACAAGAACGACAGAAUAACAGACGAAAGUUUGGAGGAAAUUAAGAGUAAAAACACCGAGGGAAUGAAAGCUCGAAGACUGCUGGAAGAAUUCAGAGAUUGUAACAUAAACCAGUUCAACGCCUUCACUGAUGCGCUUGAGAAAGAAAAUCAGGGUCAUCUAGCAAAGUAUCUCAAAAAGACCAUGGAUGGCAUAAACACAGAAGAAGCAGACAUGGGAAGUGAUUUUAUUGGUGAGACUGACAAUGUAGAACUACAAGUGGUGUCCAGUUGUCAGAACGGAGAGUGGAAGGUCAUGGACAAAAAGGCGCUGGAUGAUUUCCCAGAUGGUGUAGUAAUUUCUCUACCAGCGAAAGGAUCCACAUUCGACAUCAUGGGUCUCAUUGUACCAAAAAGUAUGGACAACCGCACGAUAUGCCACAUCGCUGAUUUGUUGUAUCGGCAAUCGUACCAUAUUAAUGUAAGACUGAUGGUUCGUCAGAGCGAAGAAAAUCCAAACCAUGGAUUUGUACGAUGUUUAGAGAACGAAAAAUGCCCAAAUGCCUCCGACGAGAUGAAGAAGCAGGGUUUCAAAAAGGGACCUCCAGAAUCGCCUGAAUUUGGAGUAUGUGAUGGAGAAGAAAUCAUUAUUUGUAUGGCAGGAAAUAUAACUCUUGACUCAGACAUAAAAACACUGUGUUUGAAAUUUUACUUAAAUAUGGAUUCUGCAAGUUCUACAUUCAGAAUAGAUGUUUUCAAUAAGAAGGCACAAGCAAGAGACAAGUCUUUUUCUGGAGAGUUAAGAUACAACGUCGGUAGAAAAGAACAGGACCCUCCGCGGCGCGGAUCUAUGGUUUUGUACAUACCAAAGGAUGAAGAACAGCAUAGAUACGCGCCGCUCACACUUGAUGUUCCAGUGAAGGUCAGUGCUAAAUAUUUAGCAUGGCGAAUCCCAAACAGAGAGAAACCGAAACUAGAUGAGUUUUACCUUUCUUUGGCCGAGAGCAGUACAAAAUUGCGAUCACUGAAACAACGGGCAGUUAAAGAAGCAUCAUCUGGUACAAACAGGGAAAUAUGCGAAGUCUUCAUUAUGAAUUGGGCAAACCAAAGACCGAAAAGUGAAAACAAGGUUCAGACAAUAUCAGUCCGACUACAUUCCCUUUCAACAGAACUGGGAAAAGAGUUUGAUUUAUUCAUGAAACCAUAUUCACAAGCAAAUGGAAUUCUUUCCAACAAUGGUAUAGAGGAGAUAGGAAAGCAUGUUCACAACGUUUGGGAAAGUCUUGCACAAAAGCUUGCUGUCGAUCCUUCUGAUAUUGACGCCAUCAAAAUUGAUUUUCACGACGAUGUCAGAAGAGCAGUACGCAUGCUCGAUCAGUGGCGCAUGUCAAACACUGCCAUAGAAAAGGGAAAAGAUUUAAUUUCAUAUUUAUCAAAAUGCAUGGAGAAUUCGAAAUGCAGCAACCAAGUGUUAAAAUUGGUCAGAUAAGAUAAGAAACAUUGGUUUACUUGUAUUCUCAACAAAUAUGUUUGAAACUUAAUAUAUAUGAAUAUAACUGCUUUUUCACUGGUCCCUUGUUAGCAUAUAACUUGUUUGUUAACCUCCCAUCACUGAUACCCUAGAAAGCAACUAAUUGAUUGAAAUAUGGACAGCCUAGUUAACCAAAUACAUGUAGAUUGAAUCUGCAUACAGUUAGGUAA